ACAUGUAUGGGCUGUUAGCCUGUUAGCCCUCGUGUUAGCCUGUUAAUGUUGCCUUUUGAAUAAAGCAGUUUUUAGGAUGGCAAAUUAUGUGCUUCAAGAAGCAUCUGAUUCACAAGAAAGAGAAGAGGAACUCCAAGACAAUGCUGAAAAAAUUGAAGCUACUGAAAAAAUGGGUGAGAAUGAUGAAAUUAGACAGGAGCUUCAUGAACAAAUGGAAUAUAUCAAUAAACAAAAUGAAACAAUUGAGGCUUUACAAGCAAUAAAUAGAAAGCUCAUUGAAGAUUUACAAAAAUUAAAGGACACAUUUACAAAAAAUUUAGUGGAGAAAGAUGAGACAAUAGCUGCUCUACAACAAGCUGUCAAUGAUAAAAGCCAAGUUGUGUCUCAGUCAAAACAAGCACUUGAACAACAGAAAAAAGAAGCCAAAACUCAAUUAAAAGCUAAGCAAGAGAUGAUACAUCAGCUAGUUGAGAAAUGGCAAGUCGAAGAAGCUCAGUGCAAAAUUUAUAAGGAAGAUUUUGAAGCUGAAAAAAAAGAAGGACAAGAGUUACACCAAAAACUGACAGACCAGUUACAGAAAGUUCAGGGUCGGUGUAAAGAAUUGGAGCAUAAUUUAACUGAAACGAAGGAGACACACGAUGCUUUGCAGAAAGCAUAUCUUGAGUUACAGCAAAAGUACAAUCCUAUUGAAACAAAAUCAACAUUAAAGAGACCACGUUUUUUUAGUACAUCUGUGACUACUGAAAGUGAAAAAUCAAAAAUAGAUUUUACGCAACAAAUUUCUAUUUUAAGUCAGGAACGAGCUAAACUGAAAAAGAAAGUAGAAGAGUUGGAGGAAAUAGAGGGGAAUAGAGUUAAGGAAUUAAAGGAAUUGAAAGAAAAAUUACAUGCCCUGGUUACUCAAGUUGCUGCUUACAGUAGUGAAGUUGAUAAACAAAAAGGAUUGGUGACUGAGAGUCAAGAAAAACACAAAACUGAAGUCAGCGAGUUAACUAAGAAACUUAAUAAUGAAAUAAAGUCCAACCAAGAACUGACUACUGAGAUAGAUGGCAUUAGGGAGCAGUUUGAUCAGGAACGUAUAAAACAGAAGGAGCAAAUUGAGAACAUGAAAACUGCUAAUAAAGAAUUGAUGGAGAAAAUUGAAACAUUAAAGAAACCAAUCCAGUCACAGUUAGAGUUGGAAGAAAAAUUACAUCAAGCUAAAGAAGAAAAUGCUUUCCUCCGUAAAGAAAUGUCACAGUUACAAAGCAGUUGGAAAGUCAGUCAUGAAGAUAUUACUCUGUCAAAAGAAGAGCUUGGUAGAGGAGCAUGGGGUGUUGUAUGGGUCGGUCAGUUUAGAGGGCAUCCUGUUGCUGUUAAGGAAUUACAUGAGGCAAUACGUAGUCCACUUUAUCUCGAGAACAUUCAUCGUGAGAUGAGCACAAUGUCUCAAUUACGUCAUCCUAAUCUCCUCCAGUUCAUAGGAGCUGUGUUAGACCAUCCAUCAGGUAAUCCUAUGAUUAUCACUGAAGUACUGGAUACAUCAUUACGCAAAGCUUAUGAUAACAAGGAGCUGACCCCUGACCCUGGCUGUAGACCAGUGAUUCUCUCUAUAAUGCGUGAUGUAGCUGUUGGCCUGAACUACCUACACUGCCUACCUGAUCCCAUUAUUCAUCGUGAUGUCAGCAGUGCUAAUGUACUACUGGAAUCAAAGGGAGACAAGAAAUGGAAGACCAAGAUAUCUGACUUUGGAUCAGCUAAUGCAGCAAAUAAAGCAGUGACCAGACUACCAGGAGCUGAGCCUUAUACAGCACCUGAAGCUCUUGCUCAACACAUCAUGAGCACAGAUUCCAAAAAAGAGCAAACUACAAAGAUGGAUGUAUUCAGUUAUGGUGUUUUACUCUGUGAAAUAAUAACUUGUCGUUUUCCAGAUCGAGAUGUAUUUCAAAACAUGCUUCAUCAAGUGCAGAGCAUCAACAGCAGAUCAAUGGGUACCAGUGAUACACAAGGGUCUCUCCUACACUCUCUCAUUAUUUGGUGCUGUAAGGAUGAUCCUUUGGAACGACCGUCAAUGAGUCAAAUUAUCAAACAAAUUGAUAAUAUUUCUUCUAUGUAGAAGUAAUUCUUAUUUUAAUUAUUUGUAUGCAUGCUACUGUUUGUUCAGUUUCCAUAAGUUGACAUUUAUUAUUAUGAAUCUAC